UAAGGAGAACUUAUGUAUCCUUAAACAUAUAAGCACUUCCUGUUAAUAUGUGUGACGUUGAGGAUUUGAAGCUAGCUGCAUGUGCAGCCAUAGACGCCGCAAAGAAACAGUUGAACAAUAUCAGCACGGAGAUUUGGAGUAAACCGGAACUCGGAUUCGAAGAAAGGCACGCGCACAAUAUUCUCACUGACUUCUUGGAAAAUCACGGAUUUCAAACUGAGCGUUCUUACAAAUUGGAGACGGCGUUCAGAGCGACGUACGGUUCCCGAGAGGACGGCCCUAACGUGACCUUCAUCAGCGAGUAUGACGCGCUUCCGGAAAUAGGCCAUGCAUGUGGUCACAACUUAAUAGCAGAAGUUGGAGUCGGAGCCGGGUUGGGACUAAUGGCCGCCAUGAAGGCCGCUGGCAAACCUCUCGGACAGGUGACUGUAUUGGGAACCCCAGCGGAGGAGAGCGCGGGCGGAAAAAUUGACUUGAUAGAAGCCGGCGCCUUUACCGACGUCGACGUCGCGAUGAUGGCGCAUCCGUUUCCGGAAAACGAUUUCCGUCCUAUCGCCUUAGCAUAUUACGGUUUGGAGAUUGUGUACACGGGUAAGGCGUCUCACGCGGCUGGCUACCCAUGGGAAGGCGUCAACGCCCUGGACGCGGCUGUCACGUGCUACCAAGGAAUUUCCUUUCUCCGACAACAGUGCAAACCGGAUUGGAGAAUACACUGUAUUAUUCUGGAGGGUGGAGUAAAGGUUAACAUUAUACCAGAGCGCGCAAGACUUCACGUGACUGUCCGCGCUCCAAGUGACCAAGAAAUGUUUUUGUUGCGAGACAAAGUCAUAAACAUCAUCACCUCAGCGGCUACCAGCACAGGGUGCCAGGUCGAAUAUAAGCUGUUUGACAGACCGUGUUCUGCAAUGUUGAACAACGGAGUGAUGGUCGACCUCUUUGAACACAACCUGUCACGUGUUCAACCACCAGAAGUUCCGACCCGAACCGGAAGCGUAUUCGGAUCCACGGACAUGGGAAAUGUUGCCCAAGUGGUGCCCAGUAUCCACCCAAACUUCCAUAUUGGCGGGAGAGCCGUCAACCACACUCGGGACUUUACUGGAGACGCUGGUUCACCCAUGGCACAGGAAUACACGCUACAAGUAAUGAAAGCUCUCGCAAUGACAGCGGUAGAUAUUGUCACCAGCAAAGAUCGUUUACAGGAAAUUAAACAAGCGUUUGCAGAGGGGUCUAACUACACGUAAACCUGGUGCAAGUCAUUGCUAUACUUUUAAAAGUAAUGAUAAGACAUAUUAGGGAUAGGGCAUAAUAUUGAAAAAUGUGUUCUAUUCUUUUUCCUUUCUU